GCGGCGAUAAAGAGAGAGCAUCAUCACUGCACCAGGGACUGGAGCCUUUUCUUUUUUUGUGUGUGUGUGAGAGAGAGAGAGAGAACAGAAAACAAAAAGUGCACCGUCAUGACGGGGAAGGAGGGAGUCGUCCUUUCAGACACUGAGAAUAAACAGAGAUCAGCCUUACAAACCGGCGUGAACCACGGGGGAUCCUUGCAGCCGCCUGCAGUCUGGAAGAUGGCCCCCACUGUGCAGCGGCGCACCGGCUUUGGGAUCCAGGAGCUGCUCGGCCUCAACAAGGAGCCGCCGGCGGUGCCGAGGCGGCCUCUGGAGGCUCUGCCGCACAGGGCGCACGUCCUGGCCGCCAGGUCGGCCCUGGCGCACGGCGGCCUCGGGGUCAGCAUGGGUUUACUCGGACCGGAGGGAAUACACUCGUUUUACAGCCAGCCCGCUUUUCUGGAGGUGUUGUCCGAGGCGCAAAAUGUGCACCUGCAGCCGCUGCACAGGACGACGCACAUGGACGCACAGAUGGAUGCACAACACUCAGCCAGCUCCGACUCCGAUGACUUGAGCUCCGGCGAUCACAAAUUCUCCAAAUCAUCCAUCAGUCAGAGCAAGAAAAGGAAGAAAAGACGACACAGAACUAUUUUCACAUCCUAUCAGCUGGAGGAGCUGGAGAAAGCUUUCAACGAAGCUCACUAUCCAGAUGUGUACGCCCGAGAAAUGCUCUCCAUGAAGACUGAGCUUCCGGAGGACAGAAUACAGGUGUGGUUUCAGAACCGCAGGGCCAAGUGGAGGAAAAGGGAGAAGUGCUGGGGUCGCAGCAGUGUGAUGGCGGAGUACGGCCUGUACGGAGCCAUGGUCCGUCACUCCAUCCCUCUGCCGGACUCCAUCCUCAAGUCAGCCAAGGACGGCAUCACGGACUCUUACGCUCCGUGGCUACUGGGUAUGCACAAGAAAUCAGUUGAAACACCUCCGGGAAAAGUCAGCAGCCUUACACCUCCAUCGCCACCACCACUACCACCACCACCGCCAGCAACAGCAACAGCAGCACCGGCACCGGAGAAGGCGAUGGACAUUGUUGUGGAGGAAGAGAAGCAGAAUCAAUGCAAAGACUCUAAUUCGCCCAUUUCUAGGGACGAGCUGAGGGAGAACAGUAUCGCCGCGCUGCGGGCGAAGGCGCAGGAGCACAGCGCCAAGAUGCUCGGGACAGUUCCUGACAGAACGCACGGCCACACGGCGCACAAAGAGGAAGCCGGGGAGGAGAUGACAGAACAGGAAAGAGCGAAGGAGGAAAAGAGUAACUGAAAAGGGCUUCAGGAUAUGAACUGAUGGCGAAAUAGCGGAGUUGGUAAACUUUUCUCAGAGGCAGAAGUCUUGUUUUAUUGGUUGAAUUAAACCACUUAUCCUGUAUAUCAUCCCUCCUCUGAGGCCUACCGUCCAGGCAGCCAACUGAGGUUCAUUAACUCAACCAAUUCUACUAUUUCUGCCUCUUAGAUCUUAGUAAUAUUUGUAUAGCUAACCAAAACUCUGCGAUACACGUCUCCUUUUGUGACAGAGUGGAGGAGGCCUGAGCACAGAAUGUGUUUCCCCAGCAGUGAUGACGUGGAGCUGCAUUAGAACAUAUUUAUUUUCUUCAACUUACAGGUUCUGUGACACGGCAGCUUUUUAAAAGGACAUUUUAUCGCGAAUGCUCGGAGCAGAAGAACCUGGAUUCAAGCGUCGUGAGCGAUAGACUUUUUCAGGUGCUAUUCGGGAGCUCACUCUGACCUGUGACCUCCCUGCGAUGACAGAUUUCUGCCGGGCUGCGGGUACAACUACAAACCGUUGGUACCAAAUCCUGUGCAAAGGUUAUAGCGUUCGUUUUCUUCAGCGGUUUCAAAUAAUUGUGACGUACAUGUAAAAUAAAUGUCCAAUAGCCAAUGCUGUAUUAUGAUGUAAAUAAGCCAGCACCAAUUAUCUGUUUGUCUCUGUAUAAAUGUAACUGUAGUCUAAUUAAAAGUGUUUAAAAC